UAAUUUCCUGCCGUUUUAAAAAACUCUUCUCUGUAGCCCUGCUGCGUCUUCCGCCGUGUCGCGACGCAUCUAUUAACCAGAAUUGUGCUUUGUAAUUAAAAGCUAAUCGAUUGGAGAUGAACGUGAUCGAUCAUGUGCGGGAUAUGGCAGCGGCCGGGCUGCACUCCAAUGUCCGGAUCAUCAGUAGUUUACUCCUGACCAUGAGCACCAACAACCCGGAGCUUUUCUCGCCGUCUCAGAAGUACCAGCUGCUGGUGUACCACGCCGAUGCUAUUUUCCACGAUAAAGAGUACAGGAACGCAGCCUGUAAGUAUAACAUGGCUUUACAGCAGAAGAAAGUUAUCAGCAAAACAUCUAAAGUGCGUCCAUCCAGCACAGGAGGCACAACCUCUGCGGUGCAGGCUCAGAACUUGCCGUCAGAGAUUGAAGUGAAAUAUAAAAUCGCAGAGUGUUACACUAUUCUGAAGCUGGAUAAAGAUGCCAUAUCAGUGCUGGAGGGAAUUCCUUCACGCCAGAGAACGCCAAAGAUCAACAUGAUGCUGGCGAAUCUUUACAGAAAGGCUGGUCAGGAGCGCUCAGCUGUCACCAGCUAUAAGGAGGUCUUGAGACAGUGUCCUCUGGCUCUCGAUGCUAUUAUCGGGCUUCUAUCUCUGUCGGUGAAGGGGGCAGAGGUCGCUUCCAUGACGAUGGACGUGAUUCAGAGCAUCCCAAAUCUUGACUGGCUUUCUGUCUGGAUUAAAGCACAUGCUUUUAUACACGGAGGAGACAAUCAGAGAGCCAUCAACACGAUCUGCUCUUUGGAGAAGAAGUCGCUCUUGAGGGACAACGUUGAUCUUUUAGUCACUCUGGCGGAUGUUUACUUCAGGGCCGGAGACACCAAGAACUCCAUCUUGAAGUUCGAGCAGGCGCAGAUGCUUGACCCCUACCUGAUCAAAGGUAUGGAUGUGUACGGGUAUCUGAUGGCCAGGGAGGGUCAUCUGGAAGACGUGGAGGUUCUCGGAGGACGGCUCUUCAACAUAUCUGACCAGCAUGCUGAGCCCUGGGUCAUAUCCGGAUGUCACAGUUUCUACAGCAAGCGUUACUCUCGCGCUCUGUAUCUGGGAGCUAAAGCCAUCCAGCUGAACAGCAACAGCGUGCAGGCGCUGCUCCUGAAGGGGGUGGCGCUGAGGAACAUGGGCCGAGUGCAGGAAGCCAUCAUACACUUCAGAGAAGCCAUGAGACUGGCACCCUGUCGGCUGGACUGCUACGAAGGUCUGAUCGACUGUUAUCUUGCCUCUAAUGGUAUCCGGGAGGCUAUGGGAAUGGCUAACAAUAUUUACAAGACCCUGGGAGCGAACGCCCAAACUCUCACCAUCCUGGCCACAGUGUGUCUGGAAGAUCCCAUGACCCAGGAGAAGGCCAAGACACUGCUGGACAAAGCCCUCGCUCAGCGGCCCGACUAUAUCAAAGCUGUCGUGAAGAAAGCAGAGCUCCUCAGUCGAGAACAGAAGUAUGAGGAAGGAAUAGCACUUCUACGAAACACAUUAGCCAAUCAGAGCGACUGCGUGCUGCACAGGAUGCUGGGGGAUUUUCUCGUAGCUGUUAAUGACUAUCAGGAGGCCAUGGACCAGUACAGUAUAGCGCUAAGCCUCGAUCCAAAUGACCAGAAGUCUCUGGAGGGCAUGCAGAAGAUGGAGAAGGAGGAGAGUCCCACGGACGCCACGGUGGAGCUGGACGGUGAUGAUAUGGAGGGCAGCGGGGAGGAAGGAGAUCUGGAGGGCAGCGACAGCGAGGCGGCGCAGUGGGCCGAUCAGGAGCAGUGGUUCGGCAUGCAGUGACCCUCAGCCCUCCCUAAGAGACUCUUCAGAGAAAACAUCCACGCACUUGGAUUGAGGUGUGUGUGUGUGUGUGUGUGUGUAAGUAAGUGCAGAGACGCCAUAAUGCUCACUGCUGCCGUCUGGUGGGGAGUUACGGACACUGACAUUAGUCGGCUUGGUGGAUGACAUUUUGUUGGCUUUUUGAUUCAUUUGGUCACUUGUCCUCAGAUUUCCCAGUUGUCAUUUUUUUUCACAUCAAAAGAUUAUGAGAAUCCAGCACUACAAAGAGUGUGGGCAGAAGGAUGGUAUGAUCCGAACACGCAUGUAUUUACUAAAAACUACUCUCAGUAGGUAAUCAUCAUGGGUUUUAAAGUUGCUGAUUUGUCAAUCCUGUAAUUUAUUUAGCAUGCUCUUUUGAGCUAUUUGCAGUAAAAGUGAUGAUCGUUAAAGAGGCAUCUUUAAAUCAACCUCAGUCCCAUAAAAUCUUUUUUUUUUUUUUCUUCCUCUCUGGUGAGUGUGACAAACACAUCGUCACCUUUCACACCAAAAUAAAAAAGAAAGUGUUUUAUGAAUAUUUCACCUUUUUGACAUUUAAGCACUUUUCAGCCAUUUUUCUUUAUUUUUAGUUCUGUUAAAAAAUGAUCCAUAUUUGUACGUAAUGUGUGUGGUUUAUAUUUAUGUAUAUAUAAUAUACACACGUACAACAUGUAUUUUGAAAAAAAAAAAGUAUUUGCAUGUGUGUAUAUAUCUAUUUUCAUAUACUUUGUCAGUUUUUUUUUCUUAAAUAUACACCUGCAUUUGUGUGUAUAUAUACAUAAUAAAUAUACACACUACACACAAUGUAAAGAAAAAUAUUUGAAACUUUUUUUUUUUUUGGGUGCGAUUAACCGUUUAACAGAACUACUUAUUGUACAUUUGUUUAAUGCUCUUUCAAAGUGGUGAUUUCAAGAUAACGCGAUCUGUUUUCUGCGUAUUUUUUUUGGGUGGGGGAUUUUGGUGUGAAUACAAAACUUUAUUCAUGAACAUGUUUAACAGCAUGCAGUCAUUCAUUCCUGUAGCCCUUUCUCAUCGUUUGUCUUCUUUUAAUGUUUCUAAAUUGCUGUAAAUAAGACUAUUUUUUAAAUGUUUUGGAAUUAAAAUCAUGGCGUUCUGUUACUA